UUAAAAUAACCCCUAGUGCUGGUACAUGAGUUAUGACAUAACGUGGCUGAUACGUGUAUUAGGAUUGGAGUAGUGAUUGCAAAGCCGAUCAACCUGUGUGAAGGGAUGCUUCUGUCACUACAUAUCAUACCGCCGUGACCUUCGUCUUUAUCAAUUUCAUUAGAGGUAUAUGUGGGUCAAUCUUCGGCUGGAUUUACGAUGGAGAGCCCAAGUAGUCGAUGUUGGAUUCAUUCUAAGGUUAAAGUCACAUUUUUUGUCAUCAUUACCACUGUCAGUGUUCUGAGCAUACUGAAUAUUCUUGUACCCUUGUACGUAUCUCGGAAAAAAGUGGUUACUAGGGCUGAAGGAACAAAUGAUGAAUCUCCCAACAUCAGGUCGUCGUUUGGACAAUGGGAAGCGAACAGCUGUUUACAACUGAUGAACAUGGACCCAUUUGACGAGAAAGUGGUGAAGGUCACCAAAAAGUUACCGCCAUUAAAAUGUCAAAACAAAUCCGGGAGGAUACGAUCAUUUGUGGAUAACAACGGAUUUCUAAAAAUUGACCUGAAUACUACAAACAGUUCCAACAUCCAUUGUCUUUACAAUUACAUCGUGCGAAGUAAGGAGGACAAGGAGGACGUUGACAACACAUUCUCUUUUACUGCAGCAAAACCUAUACACAGCAAUAUAGCGAUAAAGUUGAAAGAGGAUUUUGUGUAUAUUUCGUGUGAAAGUGAAACUGGAAGGCACGAAUACGAGAACUUUCACAUGUACCCAGUAAAGAAAAUCAGUUUAGGUGAGAAGAUUAAUAAACAUCGCCGGCAUGGAUCAUCCCCUCGGAACAAUUCAAUUACUUCGAUGAAUGUUGUGAUGAUUUUGAACGAUGCUGUAUCCAUGGGCAAUGCCAUCAGACAUCUACCUAAAACAUACUCUUACUUAACACGGGCUAUGCUAGGGAUUCCAUUUCAUGGAUAUCACACCGUGGGCGAUAAUUCCUAUCCGAACAUCGCGCCUCUUUUAGCGGGGUUACCCAAUGGGCAAAUGACACAAAUACAGAGGAAAAGUAAGUCAUUUGAUUUUUGUCCUUUCGUUUGGAAUGGAUUUUCUGCCAAUGGUUAUGUAACAUAUUACCUAGAGGACAAGACGUACGCCACUUUUAACUUCAAUAAACCAGGCUUUCGCAAGGCGCCUACAGACUACUACACGAGACCUUUCUGGCUGGCGAUGGAGACCUCAAAACUUUACAGAGAUGUGCCUGAGUCUUCGUUCGGUUGUCUUGGAAACCAAAAGAUUCACUGCAUGGCAUUGGAUUAUCUUGGACAUUUUCUGAAAAAAGUUCGAGACACGCCGCACUUUGCUUUUCACUUCUUAAAUGAAUUCAGCCACAAUACUCCAAACAGAAUUCAAGUGACAGACCAUGACCACUACACAUUUUUGAAAAAGCAUCAUUUGAAAGGCAAUUUCAACAACACUUUAUUGAUGUUCAUGAGUGACCAUGGGGCAAGGUUUGGCGAAAUAAGGAAAACUCCCUCCGGUCGACAAGAACAUCGCUUCCCUAUGCUUGUGAUGGUUCUUCCUCCUUGGCUCCAAGUCCAAUUCCCAGAGAUUGUAACAGCAAUGCGAAGCAACUCCCAACGACUGGUAACACCAUAUGAUUUGCACGCUACCUUGGUUGAUGUCAUCGGUAAUAAUAAGGCCGUUAAAAAUUCUAAAACGCCUCCAAGAGGCCUUAGCCUUUUCAAGCCUAUUCCUGAAUCUCGAACGUGUGCCCAAGCGGGAGUGCCAAAGGACUUAUGCCUUUGGUGUCGCGUUCAAAGGCAGAUUAGCAAAGAGUCUGUCGAAUCUACAACAGCCGUUGACUGGGCCAUAGAGUUCAUGAAUCGCCGUCUAUCGGUAGAUUCUCAGCUGUGUCAAAAUCUUACUCUUUCUGAGAUAAAAUCCGCUCAUAUUCUGUCAGACGAGAGCCAAAGUGUUAGAACAUUAAGAAGUACGAAGAGAAUGCCCAAAAAGACACAGAAAACUGGCCGAGUUAAAAUCUCAAAACGAAAGAAAGAAAAGACGCAACGUUUUAGAAUUAGAAGAAACAAGCGAGAUAAUUCUAUCCGUUCUUAUUACGACAUCAUAGUUGACUUUGUCACUUUCCCUGGAGAGGGGCUGUACGAGGCUGUGAUAAGACUACCGAGCAGGCUGGGUUAUAAUUCCAGUUAUGACGUCACUAGUGUCCUCAGUAUUAUACGGCUAAGUGUGUACGGUAGUGAUUCGAAGUGCUACAAAUAUCUUAAGGACGAAGGCUCCAUGAAGUACUGUUCAUGUAAACCAACACCAACUGUAAAUCAAAAUUCUAGCCAACCCGGUACAAGUUAGCCACAUUUUUAUU